AUGAUCAAAAAAACAUGGAUCCGACUACGGGUGCACUUCCUCUCCUACAACGAGGCGAUUCCAAUGCACUUUGCAGCCAAUGAGGGCCAUGGCCAUCGAUCAUCACCGUUCUCAUUGGGUUCUGCGGCAAUGGGCCACGCAUGGCGCACCACUCCCACUUCAGGCUCAUCUUUACUUCAUAGCGCCUUCGCCGCAUCCUCUAUAUGCGGCCAUGAACUUAUCCUCGUCAACGUGGCCGCGCUCGUUCCUGUUUGCCGCCGGUGCCUACCUCGGCGGUGCCAUGGCGCAACAAGGGACGAGAGAGGACCCGUCCCUUGUUGCGACAUCGCUGCUCUGCAGGCAGGCGUCGACGGCAGACAGGGGCGAGCACGGCAGGACAGAUCUACAUCUUCACCUCUCCAACGCAGCCGCGCGGCUGCAAGCGUCCACAUCGCAAAUCCGCUGGUGCGUCGUUGGUUCUUGGUCCGCUUUGUAUUCGGCGCGCUUGGCUUGCAGCCGGAUGUGGUCGUGGCUCUUGCUGCGUUCUUUGCUGCGAUGUCCUCGGGCAGAAACUUUAGAUGA